AUUAAACUUGCCACUUUAAUACGGAAGUUUUUUAUUUUUAUUUUUCUAGCGAAUUUGUUUUUUGUUUUUUUUUCUUAAUAUAAAUAAAUUUGAUUUAAUAUCGUGGAGAAACUAACAAACGGAACAUGGCGUCUUCAUCAUCCUCAUCGUCUUCUUCGCUUUCCUCAAUUCUCUCCAUCGUCGUACUGAUUCUAAUUGUAUCAACCGCUGAAUCAGUGAAAUCACCGUUUCAUCCUCGCGAUUUGCUUCCGCAUUUGCCCAGACAAGUCUCAUGGCCGAUUCUCAACUCUCUUUACGGCGCCGCCGAUCUGCUUCCUACUUUCAUCGGAACAGCGAGUUCUGGGAACGAUUCCGUUGACUGGAAAGGGGCUUGUUUCUAUGAGAACACCGCUUGGUUAGAGUUUCAUAACAAGUCUGGUAGCGAGUUUGGUGGAGGCACUCUUCACAUUAAGGCGGAUAAGGCGCAUAGUUGGACUUGUAUGGAUCUUUAUGUAUUUGCUACUCCAUAUCGUGUGACAUGGACUUGGUACUUCAUUUCACGACAGCAUACUGUGGAAUUUCCGGAGUGGGAUGGCAGAGCUGAGUAUGAAUAUGUUAAGAACAAAGGAGUUUCGAUAUUCCUUAUGCACGCGGGGAUGUUAGGAACACUUCAAGCACUGUGGGAUGUUUUCCCUCUCUUUACCAAUACCGGGUGGGGGGAGAGCUCUAAUCUUGCGUUUCUUGAGAAGCAUAUGGGAGCUAAUUUUGAACCUCGUCCUGAACCAUGGGUUACAAAUGUUACAACUGAUCAAAUCCAGUCUGGUGAUCUCUUAGCUAUUUCAAAGAUUCGUGGGCGGUGGGGUGGUUUUGAGACCCUGGAGAAAUGGGUGAGUGGGGCAUAUGCUGGUCAUUCCGCUGUUUGCUUGAGAGACUCUGAAGGGAAACUUUGGGUUGGUGAGUCAGGAAAUGAAAAUGAAAAGGGAGAAGAUGUUAUAGCAAUCUUACCAUGGGAGGAGUGGUGGGCAUUUGAACAGACAAAGGAUGACUCGAAUCCUCAGAUCGCAUUGCUACCUUUGCAUCCCGAUGUUCGUGCUAAAUUCGACGUUGCUGCUGCUUGGAAAUAUGCUCGCAGCAUGGAGGGUAAACCAUAUGGUUAUCACAACUUGAUUUUUAGUUGGAUUGAUACCGUUAGUGAAAACUACCCGCCUCCUCUAGAUGCCCAUAUUGUUGCAUCUUUCAUGACUGUUUGGAGCCAAAUGCAGCCUGAGUAUGCUGCUAACAUGUGGAAUGAAGCCUUGAACAAGCGACUGGGAACAGAGGGUCUUGAUCUUUCUGAUGUACUGGUCGAAGUAGAGAAGCGUGGAUCCUCAUUUGACAAAUUACUGGCAGUACCUGAACAAGACGAUUGGAUAUACAGCGAUGGUAAAUCAACCUCGUGCAUCGCUUUCAUUCUUGAACUGUACAAAGAAGCUGGAUUGUUCGGUCCACUUGCUAAUUCUAUUCAAGUCACGGAAUUCACGAUCAAAGAUGCUUACAUGCUCAACUUUUUCGAGAACAAUGCAAGUCGUCUUCCUACAUGGUGCAAUGACAAUGACAAUGUGAAGCUUCCUUACUGUCAGAUACUUGGGAAGUACAGGAUGGAACUUCCUGGACAGAUGAUGGGCCAUGUCGUGGCCCGAGCUCAGAUGAUCUUGUCUCGAAGUAACUUCGCCGAUUGUAUACGGUGUCAGGUAGUGAGAGUUUCGAAAACCCUAACAAUGGGGACUAAGCGGCGACCCACUUGCCCUUCUUGCGAUAAACCUAGCCAGCUCUGCCUCUGCAAGAAGAUGCGAUCUCCAUGUUUCGAUAAUCAGGUUAGUGUUACUAUUCUUCAGCACAGUCUCGAGAGAAAACACGCGCUUAAUUCUACUCGAAUCGUUAGAUUAGGGCUUAAGAAUGUUGGUGUGACUACUGUUUUCGAUGUACAUGAUGAGGCAGAGUUCGUAAUCAGGGUUAUUGGCUCGGGUUGCAGCAAGAUUGGCACGAAUCAGUCAGAUUUUGAUUAUAGGCUAGAGACUGUUGCUUCUUUGGAGCUUGAUGAUAGAUUUAAGUUAGGUAUUAGUGGCAAUGUGGAGAACUUAGAAUUUGAGAAGCAUGUGGUGCUUGUUGCUCAUGGAAGCUUGAAAAUUGCUGAAAGUUUGAAGCUUUCUCAACAUUCGGGUGAAAUGUCUUGUCGGGAUUCGCGGGUUACAGAUAAAAUAGGUUCUUGUGAAGAAAGUAGAUCAGAAGAUUUGAUCAGAAUCUGUAUGAAGAAACAAGGUGUCAUCAGCAAUGUCUCACACUCUUUGAUGCUUGAAACCAAUGUGGAGGUUCCUAGUUUUGAUCAUAUAUUGGCUUCUCCUGCAGCCAUGGAUGUCUUGGCAAAAGGGUUUGUUGUAACAAAGUUUUCAGAAGGAAAGCGAGAAUUUGAGCUCGAGGUUCCUCCCGGAUCAGCACUAUUGUUCCCGAGCGAAGAAUCGGUGAAGAUCAAUGAUCUUAAAGAGAAAGAAGAGUUGAAGGUAAGGAAUCUGAUUGUUCUUGAUGGGACAUGGUCAAAGGCAAGAAGAAUAUACCUUGAGAAUCCAUGGCUAAAGCUUUUACGUUGCCAUGUGAAGCUAGAAAUGGAAGGUACAAGUUUAUACAAAGAAGUUCGAAGGCAGCCAAGAGCGGGAUGUUUAUCGACAAUAGAGAGUAUUGUAUACACGAUGAAGGAGAUCGGUGAAGAUCCCGAAGGCUUAGAUAAUAUGUUGAAUGUCUUUGAAUCCAUGGUUGAAGAUCAAAGAAGAUAUAACUAUGAUCCUCCAUUUUCGCCUCUCUCAAAACCCACUAAACCUCCAAAAGAGAAGAAGAAGACGAAGAAGCAAGAUCAGUCGUCGGAGCUGAAGAUUCCGGUGAUUUCAGACCUUCCUUUCGAUUUUAGGUAUUCGUAUUCAGAAACUAACCCGGAAAUUGAACCAAUUGGAUUCCGUGAACCGAAACGGUUUUCUCCUUUUGGACCGGGUCGAUUGGACCGGAAAUGGACCGGUACUACCGCACUGGCUUCGCCGGAGAUUGAUCAGAGUCAAUGGGAGGAGGAGAGAGCAAGAGUUCUCGGCGAGCCUUUGACAGAGGAAGAAGUGACAGAACUUGUUGAACGGUAUCGGCAUAGUGAUUGUUCACGACAGAUUAAUCUCGGGAAAGGUGGUGUGACUCACAAUAUGAUAGAUGAUAUUCAUAACCAUUGGAAGAAAGCUGAGGCAGUUAGGAUCAAAUGCUUGGGAGUACCAACUCUUGACAUGGACAAUAUAUGUUUCCACCUCGAGGACAAAUCUGGUGGGAAGAUUGUAUACAGACACAUAAACAUUCUAGUUUUGUACCGGGGAAGGAAUUAUGAUCCGAAGAAUCGUCCCAUCAUACCACUCAUGUUAUGGAAGCCUUAUCCACCGAUAUACCCAAGACUUGUAAAGAAUGUCGCCGAUGGGUUAACAUUUGAAAAGACCAAAGAAAUGAGAAAUCGCGGACUUCAUUCUCCUGCCUUAAUGAAACUUACUAGGAAUGGUGUCUAUGUUAAUGUCGUGGGAAGAGUGAGGGAGGAGUUUGAAACAGAAGAUAUUUUGAGACUAGAUUGCACUCAUGUUGGGAUGAGUGACUGCAAACGAAUCGGUGUGAAACUAAAGGAUUUGGUUCCAUGUGUUCCCAUAUUGUUCAAAGAUGAGCAAAUCAUACUCUGGAGAGGGAAGAGGAAUGGUGAAGAAGAGCUUUUUCACUCUGUGAAUACUUUAAUCCGGAACAAUGAUCAUGUGACCGAAACUUUUUCAUCGACACAACAAAAUCUUGGUUGAUUUGUGUAUGCAUUACAAAAUAGGGAAGGAUCCAAAUUAUGUAUUUUCGAAAAAGAACUAUGAGUUUCGGUUUGAUUUUGUUGGAAUUGACUAAACUUAUUACUCUUUU